AUGGCGGAGAGAACCGAGCCUGAUUCACCGGACUCAUUGGCUGGGCGCCAGUCCGAGAUCGCCAACCUUCGUGCACGCUUUCACAAUCGCAUUCCCGUUAUCUGCGUGGCCAAGAAGUUUAGCACUCUCCACAUUGAUAAGUCCAAGUUUCUGGUGCCGGCCAACAUGAUGUAUGCCGAGUUCAAGUACAUUUUGCAGAAGCACUUGGUCGCCGAGAACAUCGAAAAGCCCGAGCGCGUCGGGAAGAACGUCGCUCUGUACCUUUACGUGGGAGGAAUAAUCCCUAUGGCCCAAGCACUGAUGGGCGAACUGUUCCAAAAGCACCAAUCAGAGGAGGGUGUCCUCUACAUGACCUAUGCUAACGAGAACACUCUGGGCUGA